AGGUACCGACAGAUUUCAUCUUUUGGCCGGGACACGAUCCGGCCGUGGCACACCAAUGUGUCAGGCAUGAAGAAACUAGCUGCACGAGAUUUCGAAGAUAUGUUACAGUGUGCAAUUCCAUGUUUUGAGGGCCUACUUGAUGAACUGCACAAUCGGCUUUUGAUGGAUUUAUUAUUUGAGCUUGCAACGUGGCAUGCACUUGCCAAACUUCGCCUGCACACUGAUACUACCCUAACAUUCUUUGAGCAGGUUACCACAUCACUAGGAGUUCUCAUCCGAAAAUUUGUCCUGGUCACAUGUGCGCACUUUGACACAAAGGAACUGCCAUCCGAAGAAGCUGCGCGUGGUCGCCGAGAGGCUGCCAUUGCACAGAAAACAGCCCAGACUACCAGUGUUUCCCCCGCAGUGCGACAGCCCACCGGUCCCAAGCGAAAGGUGCUGAACCUUGCAACCUAUAAGAUGCACGCACUGGGGGAUUAUCCUGCGACAAUACGCCGAUUGGGAACGACGGACUCCUAUACGACGCAAACGGUGAGUGUCCAACAGUGGUUUUUUGACACCUUCAAUCAACUAUAA